UCGGUAAUUGACAGAUGUCAAAGGUAAAAUAUGUCAAAUGUGACAAAGGGGAUCAAAAAUACACUCUCAAAUGAAAGAAGGGCCAUUUUAAAUGUUGAUGGGGAAAUAAAUAUUGUCUGUCCGCGACGGAAAUGCAUUAAGAGUAAACCAUAAUUCGCCACAUUCAUUAACAUGACAUUGGAGGACCCAUUUUUUGUAGUGAAAGAUGAGGUGUUUCGUGCUUUGAAAAAAACCAGGGGUUUGUAUCGGCGCUGGAUUGAUUUUCAAAAGGAGUCCGACUUGGUAACUAAAGAGGAGCUUGAGUGGACCAAUACAGAAUUGAAAAAUUCCUUGCGAAGUAUUGAAUGGGAUUUGGAAGAUUUGGAAGACACUAUUGAUAUUGUUGAAAAAAAUCCAACAAAAUUUAAAAUAGACAACAAGGAAUUAACAAAGAGGAGGCACUUCAUUGAUUCUACCAAAAAUGAAGUUCAGUCAAUGAAAGAUAGGAUUAACAUGAAUAAACACCGUGAACGAGAUUUAAUGUCAAGACAGCCUUUGUUGAAUGGAAGUCCAAUAAGAAUAGGCAAUAUGCACUCCAGUGCCAAAUAUUCUAAACUUGAGAAUGAAAUUGAAAGUCCACAGCAUCAAUUCAUACACCGGCAGCAAAUACAGGAAAUUCAAAAUCAAGAUGAGCAGCUAGAAGCCAUUAGUGAUUCUCUAGGGUCAUUAAAAACAGUUUCGAGGCAUAUAGGCAUUGAGUUGGAUGAACAGGCAGGAAUGCUUGAUGAAUUUGGUACUGAGCUCGAAAAUACAGAGUCUAAGCUAGAUACAACCAUGAAGAAAGUUGCCAAAGUUUUGAGAAUAUCUAAUGAGCGGAGGCAGUGGAUGGCUAUUAUAAUUUUAAUAGUUGUACUCUUUAUUGUGAUAAUUUUAUUUUUUGUUCUGUGAUGAGAAGCAUUGUUUAAGCCAUCUAUAGGUGGUUCUAGUACAAAAAAUAUAAUUUCAAAUGUGCAAUUUAUUCAGACUUCAUGGACUGAAUCCAUUUGUUCCAUUUAUCGAGUGCCAUAUUUUUCAGUAAAAUAUAAUGAAUUCAUAAAAGACACCCUGUUCGGGAAACUUCUUUUUACCGCUGUAAAUUGAGGUCUAUUUAUUGGAAAGUCCAAGAUACAAUUCUUUUUCUUUAUUAAGGUCAUGUAGUUAAAAGGUCGGUUUUAGCCAAAAUUCUAUAAAGAUUUAGAGUCCCAAGAGUUUUAAGAUUUGUAUAAUGCAUAACUUGCAAUUUUAUAGAUAUCAUUUAUUUAUAGAAAAUAUUUUUAAACGCCUAAGCUACAGUGUGCAAAUCUUAUUUAUUUAUAUUUAUUUUAUAUUAGGUUUUUUUAUAUCCUUUGCAUAUUAUAGGUAGAUGUCAUCUAGGGUUUCUAUCAUGUAAUAUUGACUAGUCAAUAAAUUGUAAACCCAUCCAUUUCCUUUUAAGA